AUCAUGGCGGCUAAAAUUUCUGGCAUUUCCACCGCUGCCUCCUUCAGAGAUCAGUCUCUCGCACUCGGUUUUGAUUCACAGACCUCCACCAGAUCAAGAACACUCUCCUUUUCUUCUAAGCUGAAUAGCAAUCUGUCAGUCAGAUCUUUGGAGACUAGAAGACGGCAUAAGUCCUCUACAAUUUGUUCAGCAGUAAUUGUAGAAAGCAACUCUGAGCAAAUGGAACUUGAUACCACUCUGAGCCCUAGAGUCAACUCCGUAAAGCCUUCAAAAACAGUGGCUAUAACUGAUCAAGCAACUGCACUUGUAGAAGCUGGUGUUCCUGUCAUUCGCUUAGCUGCUGGAGAACCUGAUUUUGACACCCCGGCUGUUAUUGCUGAGGCUGGAAUAAAUGCAAUUCGUGAAGGUUACACAAGGUAUACUCCUAAUGCGGGUACCCUUGAACUACGAACGGCAAUAUGCAAGAAACUAAAGGAGGAGAAUAAUAUUUCCUACACACCUGACCAGAUUGUGGUUAGUAAUGGGGCAAAGCAGAGCAUAGUACAAGCAGUCCUUGCUGUUUGUUCCCCAGGAGAUGAGGUUAUAAUUCCAGCUCCCUUUUGGGUGAGUUACCCUGAAAUGGCAAGGAAACUGCUUGAAGAGAUUGCACGAGUUGUUGCAAAGCAUCCAAGACUCUUGGUGCUCUCUGAUGAAAUAUAUGAGCACAUAAUAUAUUCCCCAGCAGUCCACACGAGCUUUGCAUCUUUGCCUGGCAUGUGGGAACGGACACUAACAGUCAACGGGUUCUCUAAGGCUUUUGCAAUGACUGGUUGGAGACUUGGAUAUAUUGCUGGUCCUAAACACUUUGUUGCUGCAUGUGGAAAAAUUCAAAGUCAGACCACUUCAGGUGCCAGUAGUAUAGCUCAAAAAGCCGCAGUUGCUGCUUUAGGAAUGGGAUAUGCUGGUGGAGAAGCCGUAUCACAUAUGGUGAAAGCAUUUCGUGAACGACGAGAUUUUUUGGUCACAGCCUUCAGGGAACUGGAUGGUGUCAAAAUAUCCGAACCUCAGGGUGCUUUCUACCUGUUUCUUGAUUUCAGCUAUUACUAUGGCGCGGAGGUUGAUGGCUUUGGUUUGAUUAAAGAUUCGGAGUCUCUGUGUCGGUAUCUGCUGGAAAAGGGCCAGGUAAUAUCUAUACUA